CUGCUGUCUGCGGGUUGUGUGGAAAGAGAAGGAUUCUGUGAAUAUUUUGAGGACUGGAGGCAAAGCUGUAUUCAUGAACAGUGCAAGAAGGCAGAAGAAUUUAUAAGGACACUUCCGUGACUAUAAAAAAAGGGGGCUUAGGUGUUUGUAAUAGCUGAAUCUCAACAUAAUGUUGAUAAAGAGGAUAUGAUGAUACCAAGCAAGGAAUCUGCACAGUAAGACAAUAUGACUCAAGACGUCAACAUAGAAAUCACAUUUUUUAUGCUGUGACAUGGAGAACAUUACAGAGAGUAAUUCUACUUUUUGUGUUAUUGACCAUGCAAUACACCAGACGCUUUUUCCUGUCGUGUACAUUAUUGUUCUUAGUUUUGGUCUUCCUGCCAACUGCUUGUCAUUGUAUUAUGGCUAUUUACAGAUCAAAUCCCAAAACGAGCUUGGAAUAUACCUGUGCAACCUUACAGUAGCUGACCUUCUCUACAUUUUCUCAUUGCCUUUUUGGCUACAGUAUGUUUUGCAGCAUGAUAACUGGACAUACAAUGAAACUAUGUGUAGGAUAUGUGGCAUUCUUCUGUAUGAAAACAUAUAUAUUAGCAUUGGUUUCCUCUGCUGCAUCUCAGUUGACCGUUACUUGGCUUUGGUCCAUCCCUUUAAAUUUCAACACCUGAGGACAAUGAAGGCUGCACUUAUCGUCAGUGCAGUAAUUUGGCUCAAAGAAUUACUGACUAGCUACUUCUUCUUUGAACAUGGAGAAGUCAGCAAGGACCCAGAAAGCCACAUUGUCUGCUUUGAACAUUAUCCCAUAAAAUCGUGGGAGCACAGUAUCAAUUACUACAGGUUCUUUGCCGGGUUUCUGUUCCCUAUUUUUUUGCUGCUUUUUUCUUACCGUUGUAUUUUUAAAGUAGUAGAAAAUAGCCAAGGAACUCAGGCCAAGAAAAAAAUUCACAUCAAGCAGCUGGUGCUCAGCACUGUCAUUAUCUUCAUGGUCUGCUUUGGACCAUAUCAUGUUCUUGUGGUCAUCCGAAGCCUCUUUGAGAAAAACUGUGUCUUUGCUGCUGGUAUAUUUAAUUUUUACCAUUUUUCUCUGCUGCUGACUAGCCUUAAUGCACUGGCUGAUCCACUGUUAUACUGCUUUGCCAGUGAGAACACAUACAAGGACUUCAUGAGGGUGAGAGAUUCUUGCUUUGCAUUUAUAAAGUGUGCCAAGGUUGUAAAGACUGAAUCAUAUGAAAUAAGCACUGGAGAAAGCAUUAGAUCAAGGCAACUACCUGCAGAGACUGAAAGUUCUGUACUCUGCAGCACUGACUGCUCAGUAAAUGCAAGGGGGUGAUUGCUGCAUGCAGCCUAUCGUAUCAGUACAAAGCAAAUGAUGCACUAUUGCAGUAUUAAUAUCUCAGCUGCAAACAUUGCAUUCUAUUGGUCACAUAAAUAUUGUUGAAAACAGAAUUUUUUUGAUGUAUGUUUUCUUAUGAAUCAUCUGUUCAAUUAGAUUCCAUUUUUUUCCUAUUAACUAUGACCCCUGGUGUUAUACCUUUAUUUGGGUAGCUUUUGUUAGGUAGAAUGUCUAUUAUGGCGUUCAUUUUAUUUUUAUAAAAAUAUUUAAAGGGACAUGUUAACUAUAUGCUAAAUAAUUUGAAAGUGAUGCAGCAUAACUGCAAAAAAGCUGACAAGAAAUUGUCACAUGCACAUCUGUAUGUAAAAAAGGAAGUUAUUUUACCUCAAGAUUUUUUCAGUUAACUAGAGUGUGAUUCAAACUACUGCUUUUACUGUCAUCAGCAUGGUGGGCAAAAAAAGCAACCAAAUCAGCUUCAUCAGUGUGGAGUUCACAUGGGAUUUCAAAAUAAUCUAAUGAGAUUUAAUAGAAUACUUUCUUAUUGUAAGGAGGAAAAUAAAGUGCUAUAUGAACGCUCCAUUGCGAGUCCUGGUACAAGCAUCUUGAAUAGAUGCUUAGGGGUAGAUUUAUGUAAUGUCGGACGGACAUGAUUCGCUGUGGCGAACAUGUCCGCCCAACAUCAUUUAACAUUGCACAAGCAUUUCUAGUGAAGUGCUUGUGCAAUGCAGCCCCCUGCACAUUUGUGGCCAAUCGGCCGCUAGCAGGGGGUGUCAAUCAUUCCGAUCGGAUCGGGAUGACUGCUGUCCGUCACCUCAGAGGUGGCAAAUGAGUUAAGGAGCAGCGGUCUUUUCACCGUUGCUUCUUAACUUUUGUUUCUGGCGAGCCUAAAGGCUCAUGCGGAAACAGCUGCAUCCGCAAGCGUUGUAAAUCAGUUCCAUAAAGUCCAUUUAUAUAUUUUUACAAGGAGAUGUUCAUGUGAUAUUUUCUAGUCAGCUUAUUAGUAAUGCUGCAUCAUGCCCCUUUAUUAACCAACUCUGAAAAGGUACAAAAAAAGAUAAUUAAUGGUUAAUAGUAACAGUUAUGCAGUUCCACAAGUUUAUACCUAUAAAAUGUCAUUUUAAUUCUAAUAAUCUUGUGUUGAUGCAGACAGCUGAUCUACACAAGGGUUCUCAGAUAAUCUAAUUAUCUUUCAUGAAAAACAAGCAAAUGGUUUACAUAAAAAACUCACAUGAGUAAAGGGACAAUAUACACUCAUUUUCAUAUAACUGCAUGUAAUAGACACUACUAUAAAGAAUUAGAUGCACAGAUACUGAUAUAAAAAUCCAGUAUAAAACUGUUUAAAAACUUACUUAGAAGCUCUCAGUUUACCUCUGUUGAAAAGGGAGUUGGAAAGCCCACUGCAAAUGGGAAAUAAAACACUCC